UAACAUAUUGAAGUAAAUGUGUUGUACCGAAAUCCCCACAUGUUUGAUAGGGAGGUCACUCAAAGUAGGAUUAGUGUUUAUAUCCUGCAGUUUUAUGAUGUGGACUCUUAGGGCCGCUGUUGACCAGAGUGUUGAUGACUGAGUGCAUGUUUGCAGCAGAACCUCCCAUGUAACAUCGACAUAAUACAGAGAGAACACGACAGAGAACGGUGUUGCAGUUCUCGUCGAGCUGGAUUAUUAAAAGGGAGGACAAAAUCUGUGUGCGACAAAAUUUUGCUACCGCUGAGCAGUUUGUAAACUGUUAAUUUGAGAUUUGACAGUGCUAUCGAAGUAGAAUCUGUCUGUUUUAUGGAAUAUAAGCAGACUGUGAAGCCUCGUGGAAAAAAUCGGACAGAACAAUGAAUCGGCAAGUGCUGUUUGUCUUUCUCCUUUCUUUCCACUCAGUGUUCGCGCAGGUCAGCUACUCGAUUCCGGAGGAAAUGCCUAAGGGAUCUUUAGUGGGAAACAUUGCACAGGAUUUAGGUUUAGAUAUUAAACGUUUAAUGUCCGGUAAAGCUAAGAUUUAUACUAGAAACAGCGACGAAUACAACGAGCUGAACAGAGAGAGAGGAGUCCUCCUCGUGAAGGAGAGGAUCGACAGAGAGGCGCUGUGUACAGAGACGGAGCUUUGUGCUUUACAUUUUCAAAUCAUUCUCGAGAAUCCAAUGGAAUUUUACACAGUUACAGUCCAGAUCACAGAUAUCAACGAUAAUGCACCGACCUUUGAAAAACGUGAAAUGAAAUUCAAAAUCAGCGAAUCAGCGAUGGUAGGUGCAAAAUUUGUUCUGGGAAGGGCUGAGGAUCUAGAUGUUGGAAUUAAUGGAGUUCAACACUACGAAAUAAAACCAACAGAUAACUUUGCUCUGAAGCUGCACAAUAAUGCUGAUGGAAACAAAAACGUCGAGAUGGUGCUACAGAAGCCUUUAGACAGAGAGAAACAGGAUCAUAUAUCUCUCGUGUUGACGGCUGUAGAUGGAGGAGAGCCGCAGAUGUCAGGAACGAUGCUGAUCGCCAUCACAGUUUUAGACGUUAAUGAUAAUGCUCCUGUUUUUACACAGCAAACAUACAAAGCAACAGUUACUGAGAAUUCACCAAAAGGAACAGUUGUUGCUACUGUUACAGCCUCAGAUGCAGAUCAGGGCUCUAACAGUAAAAUUACAUAUUCGAUAACAGAUACGAUAGGAAAUGCGAGGAAAAUGUUUGACGUAAACAUGGAAACAGGCGAUGUUUCUGUAAUUGGAAACAUUGACUUUGAAAAGUCAAAACACUUCCAAAUACACUUAGGUGCAAGUGAUGAUGGAGGACUCACAGAUUCUUGUAAGUUGAUAAUUGAUGUGCAAGAUGUAAAUGACAAUAAACCUGAAAUUAACAUCAUGUCAAAGUCAACUGUGAUAUCAGAGGAUGCUGAACUCAAUACAGUUGUUACAAUGAUAAACAUAGAGGAUUUAGACUCAGGAGAAAACGGGAACGUGAAAUGUUUUAUCAGCGAAAAUGUGCCAUUUAUUUUAAAAGCGUCAACAAAUAAUUUCUACAGUUUAGUGACAGACAGUGAUUUAGACAGAGAGAGAGCCUCUGAGUAUAACAUCAGUGUGACCUGCUCUGAUGAGGGAGUGCCCUCCCUCUCCAGCAGCGUCACUCUCACCUUACAGAUCUCUGAUGUAAAUGACAACGAGCCUGUCUUUGAGAGGAGCUCAUAUGAGGCCUACAUUGUAGAAAACAACACACCAGGUGUGUCUAUAUUCACAGUGAGAGCCACAGACGCUGACUGGAACCAGAAUGCUCGUGUUUCUUACAUUCUGGAGGACUCCUCAGUGAACGGAGUGCCAGUCUCCUCAUAUGUGUCCAUCAGUGCUGAUAGUGGAGUCAUCCAUGCAGUGCGCUCUUUUGACUACGAGCAGAUCAAAGACUUCCAUUUCCGUGUGAAAGCUCAGGAUGGAGGCUCUCCUCCACUCAGCAGCAAUGUGACAGUGAAAAUGAUGAUCCAGGACCAGAACGACAACCCUCCUCAGGUCCUGUAUCCAGUCCAGACUGGAGGAUCUGUGGUGGCUGAAAUGGUGCCUCGUUCAGCAGAUGUGGGCUAUCUGGUGACCAAAGUGGUGGCUGUUGAUGUGGACUCUGGACAGAAUGCGUGGCUGUCGUAUAAACUGCAGAAGGCCACAGACAGGGCUCUGUUUGAAGUGGGUUCCCAGAAUGGAGAGAUCCGAACCAUCCGCCAAGUGAGUGAUAAAGAUGCAGUGAAACAGAGACUGAGUGUUAUAGUGGAGGACAACGGUCAGCCCUCUCGUUCAGCUACAGUCAUUGUGAACGUGGCGGUGGCGGACAGCUUCCCUGAAGUUCUGUCGGAGUUCAGUGACUUUCCACACGACAAGGAAUACAAUGACAACCUGACUUUUUACUUGGUGUUGGCUCUGGCUGUGGUCUCCUUCCUGUUCAUCACGUGUUUGGUGGUUAUUAUCUCAGUGAAAAUCUACAGAUGGAGACAGUCUCGCAUCCUGUAUCAUUCCAACCUGCCUGUGAUUCCAUAUUAUCCUCCACGUUACUCAGACACUUUGGGGACAACAGGGACUCUCCAGCACGUGUACAAUUACGAGGUGUGCAGGACGACAGACUCCAGAAAGAGUGACUGUAAGUUCGGCAGAGCUGGUAGUCAGAACGUGUUGAUCAUGGAUCCCAGUUGUUCAGGGACGAUGCAGCGGAUGCAGAGUGAGAAGAGUAUCCUGGAUGAACCAGACUCUCCUCUAGAGGUUAGACUGCUUUCACCUUGUUUCUACUUGUCGCGCUGUUAAGGGUUCUCUUCGUGUUUAUUUAAAUUUUCACCAUUGCUGUCUGUGUAUAAGAUUUAUAUGUUCGUCUAUGAGAUAUUUCAUAAUUAUUCAUUGUUGACAUUCUCGCUGAAGUCUUUUUAUCUUUUUUUUGUAAGUUGGUUAAGAAUCAUUGUCAAUGUCGAUUUCUUGAUGUGAAAUCUGCAGUUGAGAUUUUAACUCUCACUUGCUUCAUAUUUACUGUGGUGGAAACUUGGUUUUGAAACAUUACUCAGAGGAACUCAGAGGAAAUAUUAUUAACAUAUUUUCCCCACAUGGUCUUUGCUGAAAACUCACUGGAACAGUUUCAAACUCUCUGCCCAUAAGCAUAAACCUUUUUUUCAUACUUUCUGACAUUGUUUAUGAGUAUACGGUGAAGUUUCAAUGGAAUAUAUUGAGCUUAAAAUAUUUUGGCGAGGACCAUUUUCUUUUGGGGAGUCAUUGUAAGAAAUUAUUUCUUCAUGUUGGUAUUAAUGCUUUUUAUAAGCAAGACUUGUGCCGCGAAUGUCUGCCGUUUAUCAGCAUUUAACAGUUCAGAACAUCGGACAGCGACAUUCACGUUCCUCACUUCCUUCAUUUGCCGUUCAGGCCAUGAUGUUUUUAGAACUAUUGUAGUGCUGGUUAAUGAUUCAGAAUUUUUGCUUAAGUUAAAAUCACUAAUUCACAUGUAUGAAUUUAUUUAAACAUCUUGAUUUCUGUACCACCUAUAAGAGAACUGGAACUGUGCCUCGGAACAUGAUCUGCAGAGCUUUUGCAAUAUCUUCACAUUCAUUGUUUUUGUAGUCACUAUACUUCAAAUUUUGUAUUUUUUUUAACUAAGUAUUCUCAAUACAGAUUUAGUUUUGUUUGAAUCCUGCAGUUUUCUCAUCUGAACUCUUAGGGCCGCUGUUGACCAGAGUGUCGACAACUGGCAGCAU